AUGCACCGAGCGGAGCGCGCGGGCCGUCUGGCGGCCGAGCCCGACACGCUCCACAACUCUCUUUUGGUUCGGCUCCACAGCCUCAGUUUCGUUACAAUAUUCGUUCCUAACGGGCGCGGGCGCGUCGAGCCCCAUGAGCGCGAGCGCGCGCAGGGCGGCGCGGGCGCACUGCUCGUGCGAGUGCUGCGUGGACGUGACUCACUGAGCGGGCUGGUGGGGAGCGGGCGCGGGCGCGUCGAGCCCCAUGAGCGCGAGCGCGCGCAGGGCGGCGCGGGCGCACUGCUCGUGCGAGUGCUGCGUGGACGUGACUCACUGAGCGGGCUGGUGGGGAGCGGGCGCGGGCGCGUCGAGCCCCAUGAGCGCGAGCGCGCGCAGGGCGGCGCGGGCGCACUGCUCGUGCGAGUGCUGCGUGGACGUGACUCACUGAGCGGGCUGGUGGGGAGCGGGCGCGGGCGCGUCGAGCCCCAUGAGCGCGAGCGCGCGCAGGGCGGCGCGGGCGCACUGCUCGUGCGAGUGCUGCGUGGACGUGACUCACUGAGCGGGCUGGUGGGGAGCGGGCGCGGGCGCGUCGAGCCCCAUGAGCGCGAGCGCGCGCAGGGCGGCGCGGGCGCACUGCUCGUGCGAGUGCUGCGUGGACGUGACUCACUGAGCGGGCUGGUGGGGAGCGGGCGCGGGCGCGUCGAGCCCCAUGAGCGCGAGCGCGCGCAGGGCGGCGCGGGCGCACUGCUCGUGCGAGUGCUGCGUGGACGUGACUCACUGAGCGGGCUGGUGGGGAGCGGGCGCGGGCGCGUCGAGCCCCAUGAGCGCGAGCGCGCGCAGGGCGGCGCGGGCGCACUGCUCGUGCGAGUGCUGCCGGGCGCGGGCGCGUCGAGCCCCAUGGAGCGCGAGCGCGCGCAGGGCGGCGCGGGCGCACUGCUCGUGCGAGUGCUGCGUGGACGUGACUCACUGAGCGGGCUGGUGGGGAGCGGGCGCGGGCGCGUCGAGCCCCAUGAGCGCGAGCGCGCGCAGGGCGGCGCGGGCGCACUGCUCGUGCGAGUGCUGCGUGGACGUGACUCACUGAGCGGGCUGGUGGGGAGCGGGCGCGGGCGCGUCGAGCCCCAUGAGCGCGAGCGCGCGCAGGGCGGCGCGGGCGCACUGCUCGUGCGAGUGCUGCGUGGACGUGACUCACUGAGCGGGCUGGUGGGGAGCGGGCGCGGGCGCGUCGAGCCCCAUGAGCGCGAGCGCGCGCAGGGCGGCGCGGGCGCACUGCUCGUGCGAGUGCUGCGUGGACGUGACUCACUGAGCGGGCUGGUGGGGAGCGGGCGCGGGCGCGUCGAGCCCCAUGAGCGCGAGCGCGCGCAGGGCGGCGCGGGCGCACUGCUCGUGCGAGUGCUGCGUGGACGUGACUCACUGAGCGGGCUGGUGGGGAGCGGGCGCGGGCGCGUCGAGCCCCAUGAGCGCGAGCGCGCGCAGGGCGGCGCGGGCGCACUGCUCGUGCGAGUGCUGCGUGGACGUGACUCACUGAGCGGGCUGGUGGGGAGCGGGCGCGGGCGCGUCGAGCCCCAUGAGCGCGAGCGCGCGCAGGGCGGCGCGGGCGCACUGCUCGUGCGAGUGCUGCGUGGACGUGACUCACUGAGCGGGCUGGUGGGGAGCGGGCGCGGGCGCGUCGAGCCCCAUGAGCGCGAGCGCGCGCAGGGCGGCGCGGGCGCACUGCUCGUGCGAGUGCUGCGUGGACGUGACUCACUGAGCGGGCUGGUGGGGAGCGGGCGCGGGCGCGUCGAGCCCCAUGAGCGCGAGCGCGCGCAGGGCGGCGCGGGCGCACUGCUCGUGCGAGUGCUGCGUGGACGUGACUCACUGAGCGGGCUGGUGGGGAGCGGGCGCGGGCGCGUCGAGCCCCAUGAGCGCGAGCGCGCGCAGGGCGGCGCGGGCGCACUGCUCGUGCGAGUGCUGCGUGGACGUGACUCACUGAGCGGGCUGGUGGGGAGCGGGCGCGGGCGCGUCGAGCCCCAUGAGCGCGAGCGCGCGCAGGGCGGCGCGGGCGCACUGCUCGUGCGAGUGCUGCGUGGACGUGACUCACUGAGCGGGCUGGUGGGGAGCGGGCGCGGGCGCGUCGAGCCCCAUGAGCGCGAGCGCGCGCAGGGCGGCGCGGGCGCACUGCUCGUGCGAGUGCUGCGUGGACGUGACUCACUGAGCGGGCUGGUGGGGAGCGGGCGCGGGCGCGUCGAGCCCCAUGAGCGCGAGCGCGCGCAGGGCGGCGCGGGCGCACUGCUCGUGCGAGUGCUGCGUGGACGUGACUCACUGAGCGGGCUGGUGGGGAGCGGGCGCGGGCGCGUCGAGCCCCAUGAGCGCGAGCGCGCGCAGGGCGGCGCGGGCGCACUGCUCGUGCGAGUGCUGCGUGGACGUGACUCACUGAGCGGGCUGGUGGGGAGCGGGCGCGGGCGCGUCGAGCCCCAUGAGCGCGAGCGCGCGCAGGGCGGCGCGGGCGCACUGCUCGUGCGAGUGCUGCGUGGACGUGACUCACUGAGCGGGCUGGUGGGGAGCGGGCGCGGGCGCGUCGAGCCCCAUGAGCGCGAGCGCGCGCAGGGCGGCGCGGGCGCACUGCUCGUGCGAGUGCUGCGUGGACGUGACUCACUGAGCGGGCUGGUGGGGAGCGGGCGCGGGCGCGUCGAGCCCCAUGAGCGCGAGCGCGCGCAGGGCGGCGCGGGCGCACUGCUCGUGCGAGUGCUGCGUGGACGUGACUCACUGAGCGGGCUGGUGGGGAGCGGGCGCGGGCGCGUCGAGCCCCAUGAGCGCGAGCGCGCGCAGGGCGGCGCGGGCGCACUGCUCGUGCGAGUGCUGCGUGGACGUGACUCACUGAGCGGGCUGGUGGGGAGCGGGCGCGGGCGCGUCGAGCCCCAUGAGCGCGAGCGCGCGCAGGGCGGCGCGGGCGCACUGCUCGUGCGAGUGCUGCGUGGACGUGACUCACUGAGCGGGCUGGUGGGGAGCGGGCGCGGGCGCGUCGAGCCCCAUGAGCGCGAGCGCGCGCAGGGCGGCGCGGGCGCACUGCUCGUGCGAGUGCUGCGUGGACGUGACUCACUGAGCGGGCUGGUGGGGAGCGGGCGCGGGCGCGUCGAGCCCCAUGAGCGCGAGCGCGCGCAGGGCGGCGCGGGCGCACUGCUCGUGCGAGUGCUGCGUGGACGUGACUCACUGAGCGGGCUGGUGGGGAGCGGGCGCGGGCGCGUCGAGCCCCAUGAGCGCGAGCGCGCGCAGGGCGGCGCGGGCGCACUGCUCGUGCGAGUGCUGCGUGGACGUGACUCACUGAGCGGGCUGGUGGGGAGCGGGCGCGGGCGCGUCGAGCCCCAUGAGCGCGAGCGCGCGCAGGGCGGCGCGGGCGCACUGCUCGUGCGAGUGCUGCGUGGACGUGACUCACUGAGCGGGCUGGUGGGGAGCGGGCGCGGGCGCGUCGAGCCCCAUGAGCGCGAGCGCGCGCAGGGCGGCGCGGGCGCACUGCUCGUGCGAGUGCUGCGUGGACGUGACUCACUGAGCGGGCUGGUGGGGAGCGGGCGCGGGCGCGUCGAGCCCCAUGAGCGCGAGCGCGCGCAGGGCGGCGCGGGCGCACUGCUCGUGCGAGUGCUGCGUGGACGUGACUCACUGAGCGGGCUGGUGGGGAGCGGGCGCGGGCGCGUCGAGCCCCAUGAGCGCGAGCGCGCGCAGGGCGGCGCGGGCGCACUGCUCGUGCGAGUGCUGCGUGGACGUGACUCACUGAGCGGGCUGGUGGGGAGCGGGCGCGGGCGCGUCGAGCCCCAUGAGCGCGAGCGCGCGCAGGGCGGCGCGGGCGCACUGCUCGUGCGAGUGCUGCGUGGACGUGACUCACUGAGCGGGCUGGUGGGGAGCGGGCGCGGGCGCGUCGAGCCCCAUGAGCGCGAGCGCGCGCAGGGCGGCGCGGGCGCACUGCUCGUGCGAGUGCUGCGUGGACGUGACUCACUGAGCGGGCUGGUGGGGAGCGGGCGCGGGCGCGUCGAGCCCCAUGAGCGCGAGCGCGCGCAGGGCGGCGCGGGCGCACUGCUCGUGCGAGUGCUGCGUGGACGGCGGCGCGGGCGCACUGCUCGUGCGAGUGCUGCGUGGACGUGA